AUGGACCCUAACGCUCAGCUACCACCGGAUUAUUUCACUGCGAAUCGGUUUAAUGAUGUCUUUAUCCCGGCGACGGUGACGUUUGCUAUUGCCACUACAUGCGUUUGUCUGAGGUUUAUUGCCGGCUGGAUCUCAAAGAGGCCGCUUUGGUAUGAUGAUUAUUUCGCUGGUAUCACAGGACUAACAGUAAAGAAGGCAUGCGGUGUUGCGAUUUACUCCGUUGUUGGGACAUGGCGAGGAAUGGGCUUUGGUCGACAUAUUGGAGCCGCCAUGAUAAUUCACCCAACCGUUAUCAAGGACUUUAUGACCUCGAUUUUUGUGUUAGAGUUACUUUACACAACCGCUAUUUCGACAGCAAAGCUUUCCAUUAUUGCUUUUUUGUGGAGGAUAUUUGGAAAGACAUCAAUGCGCUACAUUCUCGUCGGUCUUCUCUGUUUUACAUUGAGCUGGUUUAUCGCUAUUCUCUUCACUAGUAUCUUCUCUUGUGUUCCCGUAAACGCCUUCUGGGACAUCACAAUCACUGACAAGAGAUGCAUCGAUACGUACAAAUUCUACGUCGGCAUUACUUUCCCUAACAUGUUGUGUGAUUUCAUAAUCACCCUGGUUCCAGCUCCGUAUGUGUGGAACCUACAGGUCUCGCUGAAGCAGAAAUUGUUGAUUACAUUUACGCUGUUCUUCGGCGGCUUCACGAGUAUUAUCUCCGCAGUCCGAUUAGCAAAUAUCUUUAACAAUUUCUCGCUCGCGGAUCCAACGUGGGAUUCGGUAACCCUAAUGAAGUGGACUGCGGUAGAAGUUUUCUGUGCUAUUACGUCCGUCUGUCUCCCAACAUUUCGCCCUCUCUUACGUUGGGCAACUGGCCACUCUCUCGCUACAGCCGCCGAAGCAUCGCGGCCUUCUCGAUCUGGUGGGUCGAAGAAUUUCUUCCAGCGAAGUUCGCAGAAGAGUAAGAAGUAUCAUUCGGCGGAUCAGAGCACGGAUACCGAUAGCCAGGCAGCAAUUACGACUGCGGAUGCAGUGAAGAGCCCUGAUGGGUUUAGUGUCCAGACGUAUCCUAUGAAUGCUAUUGAGGUGAGGAGGGAUUAUGAGUGUCUCCCUCCGCAUGACCACUAG